UUGUUUUGAGCGGGAAAGGCAAACAUCAAAAAGUCAACAAAAUGGAUUUUUCAGGAAACAGCAAAAAAUCUGGCCGAUCCACAAGAAAUAAGAAACAAUUCAACCGCGUUGGUCAUAACUUACAGUUCUACAAAAUCCCACCAACUGGGGAAAUAUCCUUGCAAGAGUUUGAAGAAUAUGCAAUUGACAGAUUAAAAGUAUUGAAAGCUGUUGAAGUAGCUGGGAUACGUCUCAUGAAGGGUUCCAAUGAAUACAUACAGAAACUACAAGAUGAGCUGAGAAAAACAUCACUAGGACAUGAUCUCAUACGGACGGACAAGAAAGAGGACAAAGACUUCAGACAGAAAGAUUUAGUAUCCCAUUUUAUUCUGAGACUUGCUUACUGUAGAUCAGAAGAAUUAAGAAGAUGGUUUAUGCAGCAGGAAUUGGAAUUGUUUCGAUUUCGUUUUCUAAGAGAAGGACCUGAUAGCAGGGAUGAAUUCCUUAGAGAAAACUGUCUGAAUUAUGAACCAAUCAGUGACGACUUAAAGACAGAAUUGGAUGCUGAACUACGAGCAGCAGCAGGGAGUAAAUCAGGAGUUGUGGAUACUAUUGAAUAUUUUAAGGUGCCCUUCACAGAAGUGUUUGAUUUAGUCAGUAAAAGAAAAGUAUAUUUAGAGGAUGGAUAUGCAUAUGUGUCUAGAGAUGAUAUGAUUUCCAUUGUCAUCACCCAUUAUAGAAGUCACCUGUCUCACUCAUUGGCUGUGACAACAAGAGCUCUCCCACACUUAGAGGAAGAUGGUCGUUUAUUGCCAAUGUUAUGUGGAUUAAGCAAGAGAUAUUUGGGUCAAGAUUUUAAUGCUAAAAAGUCCAAUGUUGGAGAAAUAACAGCUGAUAUGAUUGAAAUGCUCUCCAAGAAGUCCUUUCCUCUUUGUAUGCAGCAAUUACAUCAGUCAUUGAGACAGAAUCAUCAUUUACGCCAUGGAGGGAGGCAGCAGUAUGGACUUUUCCUCAAGGGCAUUGGUGUGUCCUUGGAGGAAGCAAUGAGAUUCUGGAGAACUGAGUUUUGUAAAGCUAUGGAUGUUGAUAAGUUUGAUAAGCAGUAUUCCUAUAAUAUUCGUCACAAUUAUGGAAAAGAAGGAAAAAGAACAAACUACACACCGUACAGCUGUAUGAAGAUAAUUACUACCAAUCCACCUGGACCAGGAGAUUUCCAUGGUUGUCCAUUUAAGCACAUGGAAGUCGACAUGUUAGCACAGAAACUCAGAGGUCAACACAUAUCAAAAGAUAAUGUUGAAAAGAUCACAAAAUGUGUAAAAACAGGUCACUACCAGAUAGCAUGUGCACAGUAUUUUGAAGCAACACAUAAUAUACGUAACCCUGAGGAUUCUGCCAGUAUAAACAUUAACCAUCCCAAUGGUUAUUUCCUUGACAGUUAUAAACUACUAAAUGGACCUAAAGAGGGUACCAAGCCAGUGCCAAACACACCAAAAGUGAUCAAAGUGAAAGUAGAAGGAACAGGUACCUCAUCAUCACAAACAAAUAAACAAACUGAUCUUAAUGAUAUGGAUGAUGAUGACCUGAUAGCCAGUAUGGAAACAGACAUGUGAUAUUUCUCAUUCUAUUUAUAAUAAAUAUAUAUUAUAUUG